AUGCGAUUUUCCCUCCUUCCGAAGCUAUACAAUUCACCUGCUCGUCGACUUUUCCCACCUUUUCAUCGCCGAAUACUCUUCAACUAUAUGUCUACUGGUUUACCGCAACUAGGGUUGGCAACAAAGCCCCCUACCACUGCUGCUGAAAAAGUCCAGAAAUUUCAGCAAGUUUUUCACUCCACCCACACCGGUACUUGGGACAAAUGCUGGGACGAAGGUCUGACGCCUUGGGAUUUGGGGAGCCCUACCCCAGUUCUUGUGCACCUUCACAACACUGGAUCACUUCCAAAGGGUAGAGCUCUUGUUCCUGGCUGCGGUAGUGGUUAUGAUGUAGUGGCAGUGGCGUGUGCCGAGCGUCAUGUUGUAGGUCUGGAUAUGUCAGACAUUGCCAUUAAGAAAGCAAUAGAAUUGACAUCUAGCUCACCAAACGCAGAGCACUGUACAUUCUUAAAGACAGACUUCUUUACUUGGUCUCCAGAUCAGCUGUUUGAUCUCAUUUUUUAUUACACGUUUUUCUGUGCCAUCGAACCCGAGCUUAGAUCAUUGUGGGCUAAGAAAAUGUCUAAUCUUCUGAAACCGGAUGGGGAUCUCAUAACACUAAUUUAUCCAAUAGAUGACCAUGAGGGCGGCCCUCCAUUUAAAGUAUCAGUUGCCGAUUAUGAAGAGGCAUUGCAUCCUGUUGGUUUCGAAGCAACACAGAUUUCAGAGAAUGAGCUGGCCAUUGCUCCUCGAAAGGGACGAGAGAAGCUAGGGAGAUGGAGAAGAUCUCUACACCGUGCCUCGCUUUGAUCAUGCACUGCAGAUAAACGCCAUUUUUUCACGAUAAAGAUCCAUAUAGUGUACUACA